UGGGGAGAGCGCGCCGGGCGCAGGGAGCUGAGUGGACCACUCCAGACCGAGGCGCGUGCAGCAGCUCCUGAAAGCAGCCAGUUGGCAGCGCCAGGCUGCAUUUCCAGCAGGAGCUGCGAACACAGAGCCGGCUCUUAACAAGAUGCUCAAGGUGUCAGCCGUAUUGUGUGUGUGUGCAGCCGCUUGGUGCAGUCAGGCUCUCGUAGCUGCCGCGGUGGUGGCUGCGGCCGGGGGGCGGUCGGACGGCGGUAAUUUUCUGGAUGAUAAACAAUGGCUCACCACGAUCUCUCAGUAUGACAAGGAAGUCGGACAGUGGAACAAAUUCCGAGACGAAGUAGAGGAUGAUUAUUUCCGUGCUUGGAGUCCAGGAAAACCCUUCGAUCAGGCUUUAGAUCCAGCUAAGGAUCCAUGCUUAAAGAUGAAAUGUGGUCGCCAUAAAGUAUGCAUUGCCCAAGAUCCUCAGAUUGCAGUCUGCAUUAGUCACCGGAGGCUUACACACAGUAUGAAAGAAGCAGGAGCAGGCCAUAAGCAAUGGAGGGGCCCCAUGUCAUCCAAAUGCAAGCAGUGCCCAGCUGUCUACACCAGCCCGGUUUGUGGUUCAGACGGCCACACCUACUCUUCUCAGUGCAAACUAGAAUAUCAAGCAUGUGUCUUAGGAAAACAACUCUCAGUCAAAUGUGAAGGACGUUGCCCAUGUCCUUCAGAUAAAACCACAAGUACAAGCAGAAAUGUUAAGAGAGCAUGUAGUGACCUGGAGUUCAGAGAAGUGGCAAACAGACUGCGGGACUGGUUCAAGGCCCUUCAUGAAAGUGGAAGCCAGAACAAGAAGACAAAAGCAUUACUGAGGCCUGAGAGAAGCAGAUUUGAUACCAGUAUUUUGCCAAUUUGCAAGGAUUCACUUGGCUGGAUGUUUAACAGACUUGAUACAAAUUAUGACCUGCUGCUGGACCAGUCAGAGCUCGGAAGCAUUUACCUUGAUAAGAAUGAACAAUGUAUCAAGGCAUUCUUCAAUUCAUGUGACACAUACAAGGACAGUUUGAUAUCUAACAAUGAAUGGUGCUACUGCUUCCAGAGACAGCAAGACCCACCUUGCCAGACGGAGCUCAGCAAUAUUCAGAAGAGGCACGGGGUAGCAAAACUCCUAGGACAGUAUAUCCCACUGUGUGAUGAGGAUGGUUACUACAAAGCAACACAAUGCCAUGGCAGUGUAGGGCAGUGCUGGUGCGUUGACAGAUAUGGAAAUGAAGUCACUGGAUCCAGGAAAAAUGGGGUUGCAAAUUGUGCUAUUGAUUUCGAGAUCUCUGGAGAUUUUGCAAGUGGAGAUUUCCAUGAAUGGACUGAUGAUGAGGAUGAGGAGGAUGAUAUUAUGAAUGAUGAAGAUGAAAUUGAAGAUGAUGAUGAAGAUGAAGGAGAUGAUGAUGAUGAUGAUGACCAUGAUGGAUAUAUUUGAUUGAUAAGAGCUGAGAUCAAUAAAUUUUAAAUUUCUAAUAUUUACAAAGUGGUAACCUAUUGAGGAUUAACUUCUUGACCCCAAACACAAUGAUUUUUAACCUCAUAUGUAUUUUGUAUUAUUAUUUCAGAUACUCAGCUAAAGUCAUAGAACUUUAUGUUUAAAUAAUAAUCAUUUACUUUGAGUUUUUAUAAUGCCUUAGAGAAAAACAACAACACAUAUGGAGCCUAGCCAAAAGAAAGAAAGUUAUGAAGAACUACUGAACUAAACUAACAAAUUUUCAUAAGAACAAACAUUUUAAAUCUCCCACAAACAAAACGGUGACCAGUGUUUGGGAUCAUAUGUGUUACUUUUCUGAGAAAUAAUCUAAGUUAAAUAUACAUUAACUUAUUGGUAGCCUGAGCCCCAGAGAUUUUAUAAAAUUAUACACAACCUUAAUUACAAUUCCAGAGUAACAUUUCCCAAACCUAGAGUGAGUCAGAGGUGAAUGAGGGUGAUACCACAUAGUAAGAAAAACAAAGUGACUAUUGCAGAGUUUGCUAUUGUGUGUUUACAUUAAUAAUGAUGUAUUUAACAAUGAAAUUAUUCUGGAUAUGAUAGGAUAUUUUACAAAAGGCAAAUAUGGAAAACCAUGGAUUCUGAAAGCUAAAAAACUUAGUUGUCCUUUCUGAUUUUUAUUUUACUUUGGAUGGCAGUCUUAUUUAGAUUUUUUAAUAUUCUUAAGCAGCAUGAUUUCUUUACCUUUCUAAGUUUCUUUAUCCUUCUGACCAGCAACUUAGUAUGCAGAAUAGAAAGUAAGAAGACAAAGGGAAAGAUUCAGUUACACCAUGCUUUCACAAAAACAGUGUCACUUGCCCCAAGCUCAAAUUCAAAAAUCUUAAUUCUCAUUUUAUUUCUGAUUUUAGAUAAAACUUUGCAUUUAUUCUUAGAAUUAUGCCAUUUUUGUUACUAGUUCUGAAACUUAGAGAAAGUAUUGUAUGGUGCCUUGCAAAAUAGAGAUAGAAAGGUUUUAGCAUGCAUACCAAUAUAGGAUAUUAGGCAAUAUAUAAGCACACCUGAUUACCAAAUUAAUGCCAGUAUAGGUACUGCUGCUGGAAUGAAGAAAAUGGAAUAUGUUUCUUUCUAUUUUUUCUGUUGUUACAUAAUUGCCAUGUGGAAUUGUUUAUGAUUGUGUAGAGUAGCAUUUAAGAUUUAACUGUAGUAAAAAUUACUUUAAUUGCUGUAUUUAAGUUAGCAUGUUAAUUACUUGUGUAGACAUUUUGGCACACCAUCAUUUUUAAGUAUAUCAAACCAAUGAUUUUGUGCCCAUAAUAAAUAUGGAAAAUCCAGUUGAAUAUUACAUAACAGUACCUUUAAUUUCAACAGUGGAUCAACUGGUUUCCUGAUACAGAAUUCAUUGAAAGCAAAAUUGGUGGAUUCUUUCCAUUUGAUUUGUAAAAACUAAAUAAAAACUUUAAUGUGGCCCUUAUGUAAUAUUUAAAGUAUAACACAUUUUCUUUUUUACUGUUUAUGUAAAGUUUACAAAAUAAAGAAUCUUAUAAUCAAA